CAGCUGUUCCAGCUCUUUCCUUCCAGGACCUUCAUGACCGUGAUGACGCGAAGGGCUAAAGGGCCAUUCAGCAACAAUAUCUCUGCGCGUCCACGUCGGACAGAGGAGGAUGAAGAGAACCCAAACAGCUCUGUGUGUUGUUGCUCGGUUGGUCGACGGAAGGGUAACAGGAGCAAUGGCGGCCGUAGCUGUCUGUGUAUAGACACGACGUUGCGGUUUGGAGCUGUCAGCCUGCGGACAGAUACACGUACGCCGGGUGAAGACGGAUAGCUCUCAGGAUGGCAGGAAUGUUCGACAUAGACUUGGAGACUGAGGACAUCAGUGACGCCGAGGAUGAUGUCUGUGACUUCACUGUGACGGAACCAGAGACUGUGCAGACAGAGGAGGUGGAGCUGACCAGUGAAAGUGUCAACAGAGACAGCGAGAGAGUUGGACCUGACUGUUUUGAGCUUCUUACUGUGCUGGGAAAAGGAGCCUAUGGCAAGGUUUUCCAGGUGAGGAAGGUUCAAGGUGCUCAGAUGGGAAACAUAUUUGCCAUGAAGGUUCUGAAAAAGGCGAAGAUAGUUUGUAAUGCCAAAGACACGGCCCAUACUCGAGCAGAGCGGGAGAUCCUGGAGACGGUGAGACACCCAUUCAUCGUGGAUCUGCUGUACGCCUUCCAGACAGGAGGAAAACUUUACCUCAUACUGGAGUGUCUGAGUGGAGGGGAGCUGUUCAUGCAGCUAGAGAAGGAAGGCAUCUUCAUGGAGGACACUGCUUGCUUCUAUCUGGGAGAGAUCACAUUGGCUCUCGGUCACCUCCACUCUAGCGGGAUUAUCUACCGAGACCUCAAACCUGAAAACAUCAUGCUUAAUCACCAAGGACACAUCAAGCUGACCGACUUUGGCCUUUGUAAGGAAUCCAUUCAUGAUGGAAGCGUUACACACACCUUCUGCGGCACCAUAGAGUACAUGGCUCCAGAGAUCCUGACCAGGUCGGGUCACAACAGAGCAGUCGACUGGUGGAGCCUCGGGGCCCUGAUGUAUGACAUGAUGACCGGAUCACCUCCAUUCACAGCUGAAAACAGGAAGAAGACCAUUGAUAGGAUCUUGAAGUGUAAACUCAAUCUGCCGCCAUACCUGACCAUCGAUGCCAGGGACCUCAUCAAGAAGCUGUUAAAGAAGAACCCAGCCCAACGACUUGGCUCCAGUAAAACCGACUGUGCUGAUAUCCAGAAACAUCCGUUCUUCAGGCACAUCGACUGGGCUGAGCUGCUGAACAAGACGGUGGAGCCGCCAUACAAGCCACAGCUGCAGUCGGACGAGGACGUGAGCCAGUUUGACACGCGCUUCACGAGACAGACGCCCGUGGACAGUCCAGACGACACCACACUGAGCCACAGUGCAGAGCUCGCCUUUGCUGGUUUCACCUAUGUGGCUCCGUCGGUCCUAGAGAGUCUAAAAGAAGGCUUCUCAUUCGAGCCUCGCACACGAGCUGUACGUCAACACAACAGCAGCCCCCGCACCCCCAUCAGUCCUCCAAACUUUUCCUCAGCGGGUCCUUUCAAGUCUCGCAACGAUGGGGAGUCGUACCUUUUCUCUCCCACCCCUCCACCGGCGGCUCCGGUUCCUGCCUCCCUGGAAAAUGGAGCUGCCAGUCAGCCAAUCAGGACGCCCGCGAGGAACAAGAAGCAGAAUGGACAUCGGAGAUGAGGACUUCUGUAAAGACUUCAGUCAGAGUGACAUUUUUUCAGAGUGUAUAGUAAGUGUUGAGGCACCAAGCUCAAGUGUUUUUGCUGACAUCGUGCUUUUUUUUUGAGGUGGUUUAAUUUAGAGGUCGCUGAAAAGCCUAACUGAAAAGUGGAAAGCUCUCCAUUUUCCUUUCUUUCCCAAUCCACUUUGAAAAGGAAUCCAGUAGUCGUGGGGCUGUUUGCCACUUACCGAUAAGUAAAUCCCUCUACGCAGAUCUACUGAAUCAACAUGGUAUUAUCAGGCUUUUCUUUCAUUUGUCUCAGAUGGUCACUUUAUUGCAUAAAGCUUACAUUUAUAGUUUCCAUAUGUCUGCACUGAUAUAUGGGUAACGAUGACUUGACAUCCAUAUUUUCUACAAGAAGCACUGGAAAGAGGGAAACCCUACCAAUGAUUCUUCUCAAUCCGGUAAAUGAUGGAUUGAUCAUAACAGUGUUUCAUUUUGUAUGUACAUGCUAUCUCAUUUACAGUAAAGGGGAAACUGAUAUAAAGCUUUUUUUGUUUUUAAUUAGUUCAUCAGCUCCUAAUACGUUUACCAAAGUCUCUGGUUGGCUAUCAGUUAGAGAACUAAUGAAGGAUCACUUGAUUUAAGGCCAAUGAAAAUGAGCCAAAGGUCAUCAAUGUAAUCAUGGCUUGGGGUGGCACUAACGAAAUCUACAGAAUUAAAUGCUACGUCGCACACGGAA